AUGAUUCCGAAACUAAAGAGGAAGAAGAAGAACGAGAAGAAAUCACGACUUUGCUGUGUAAGUACUAUAUCAAGAAUGAAAAGAAGACGAAAACUUCUUCCUCCUCCUUCUCCUUCUCUCCCUCAAAGCUCAUGUUUCAAAGUCUUUUCCAAUUUUAUGAGAAAAAAACUUAAAAAAGAAGAACUUUACCUUCCAAAGUUCAGAAAAUUUUCUCCACUAAGUAUCGGAAUAAAGAAAAUACCUUGGGUGCGUGAAGAAGGCGUCACUUCUUGUCACGUUACAAAUCUGUCACGGUCAGUCAAUUUUAUGCUUAAAAUGCACAUUAAAGAAGUGACAGGCUCCAAAUAUAAGUGUGCAUUAUUUGUUCUUUGUGUAAUGAUAGACCGCAAAAGUUUGUUUAAAUUUACAUCUCGGCCGCCCCCAGAAUUUAAAACCUGUUUAGGAAAUAUACUACAAAAGAAAAAAAUGAAUUUUUUUGCAUUUGCUCUAACUGUGUGCAAGAACAGGAAUCUUCCAUGCAAAAAAAUCACUUGCGGUUGUUCACACAGCGCCUUCUGUGAACAGGAGCUUCUGCAAUCAUGUGUUGACAUUCUGAUAAUAGGCAAGAAAUUACACCACUUUAAAUGCACAAGUUUACAAAAAGUGCGUACUUCCAGUGUGUAUAGAAAAGUAAACUACGCUGCGUACUUUUGCGCCAAAAAUUUAAAUAAAGGCAAAACUUUAACUAGGAUGAAAUGCAGUGAAAACCCUAAGAAUUGUCAUGGUAACCAUGGUAAUGAAGAGAAGACUGAAAAUGGAUGA